AUGUGGUUGGAGCGCUGGGAAGCGGAGAAAAGGGGGCGUGACCUUCAGCGUUUCUUCCCGUGCGUCAGGGGAAGUCUCCGCGCGAGUUGGGUAUCGCCCGACUACGUCACUUCGCAACUUUUGGCAGGGCACGGGGCGUUCAACGGACGACUGAGGGAAAUGGUCAGCGCACUGGAGUUGGACGAAUGCGGUCCAGUGUACUUCGGGGACCUCGUGGCCUCAGAGGGUAACUUUGCCGCAAUCCGCAAGUUUGCAAGCGCAUGGCACGCACGGAGGAGUGAGAUGGAAAAGGAGAAAUAA